UUCGAAGAAUUUACGGGCCAAAUUCACGCGAGAAAUCCAUAAUAAUUUUAAGGAUACAUUAGCGGGACUUUGUCUGGUAAAUUAGGUCUUUGGUUAUUGGGGGAAAUCAAGAAAGAUAGAUUUGAGUUGAAUUGAAUUGAAUGAUGUGGAAUUCACUGGCAAAUAUCAAAGAAAAUUUAAAUCAAAUCGUACUUGAAGUUCAAGAUGCUACAGAUGGUGAAGAGUUUGAAAUCUAUCGAUCUAAUUCUAAUUCUGCUGCUGAAGAUUCUCCUAUUUUCAAUCGGAGAAUUUCUCAUCGGUUUGCCCAAUCUAAUAAUUCUCCUCUGCGCUCACCUAUGUCAAAUGGUGGUGAUUCAGCUCUCAAAUCUGAGAUUGAAAAAUGCAAAACAGAGAUCCAAAGAUUCCAGGCAUCUGAGGCUGAAAUCAAAGCAUUGUCGGUUAACUAUGUAGCAUUGUUGAAAGAGAAAGAGGAAAAGCUCUCCAGAUUGCAUGGAGAAAAUGAGAUGCUGAGAAAGAACUUGGAGGCAGCAAAUGCUUCGCAGCAUGCAUCUAAAAAUGAAACUUUCAAUAAAAGAAAUGUACAUAAGGGGGUUGGUGAACAAUCUCCCAACAGGCAACACAAACUGACAGCUCAUGUAAACAACCAUUCUAUUGGAAACCACACACACAAAAGUGUAAUUAAACAUGACACUUUUAGCAAUGGGAAUGCAGAUACUUUACGGUCUGUUGAAAACCUUCCGCGGAAUGAAAAUGAGCUCGCAGAUUUGCUAGAAGAGAAGAACAGAUCCCUGGUGGCAAUCCAAGCUAAUUAUGAUUCAGAGAUAAAGAAGUUAAAGAUGGAGCUUGGUAGAGAGCGUGAAAGUUCAGCAAACAUACAUUCUAAAUUUACUGAGGAACAAAAAUUGAAUGAAUCUUUUCAGAAGGAGCUCCUUGCUUUGAAGAUGCACAAAAACAGAGAUAUGACUGAGAUGAAACAACUACAACAUCAAUUGAAUGAUAAGUUAUCAGAAAUCAGACGACUUCAAUCAGAGCUGACGAGAAGGGACAAUGAAGAAGAAACAAAUGAGAUUAUUGAGCGAUUAAAAAGAGUUAUUGCCACCUUAGAGCAGGAAAACACCAAUCUUAAGAUAGAGAAGGCUGAACUUCAGGCUGUCGUAGAAAGAAGUCCAAAGUCUUUACAUGCUGAUGGUGAUGCGGAUAACCCAGACUCUUCAGAUAGUCGUCCAACUAAAUUAAAUGAGGCACAUUCAUCUGUACAGUUCCCGGAAAAGGAAGAAAUGGAGCUAUCCAUGCAAAAGUUAGAGAAGGAUUUGAAGGAAGCUUGUCGUGCAAGGGAUAAAGUAUUGCAAGAGUUGACUAGGCUCAAGCAGCACUUGUUAGAUAAGGAACUUGAAGAAUCGGAUAAAAUGGACGAGGAUAGCAAAAUCAUUGAGGAACUUCGAGCAAGUUGUGACUACCAAAGUUCAAAAAUAUUACGCCUGGAAAAAGCUCUACAGCAAGCGAUAACGGGCCAGGAAGAGGUUAAGAAGAAUAAUAACGAUGAGCUUCAGAAGUCAAAGGAAAUGGUCAACGAUCUUAAGGAAAAGCUAUCUAGCUGCAUGCGCACAAUUGAUGCUAAAAACGUUGAACUUAUGAAUCUUCAGGGUGCUCUUGGCCAAUAUUAUGCUGAAAGUGAAGCCAAGGAUCGCCUAGAAGGAGAUUUGGCUCUUGUGAGAGAAGAAUUAGCUAGAUUGUCUGAGCUUUUGAAGGAUGCAAAUCAACGGAUAGACAUUGCAAAGCAUGAAAAGGAUGAAACACUUGAAAAGCUUUCACAAACUGAAAUGUUGCUCUUGGAAGGAAAAAAUAGAGUUCACAAACUGGAGGAGGACAAUAUGAAACUACGCCGCGCUCUUGAGCAAAGUAUGACAAGGCUUAAUAGAAUGUCUGUUGAUUCAGACUUCUUUGUUGACAGGCGAAUUGUGAUCAAGUUACUGGUGACCUAUUUUCAGAGGAACCAUAGUAAAGAGGUUUUGGACCUUAUGGUUCGCAUGCUGGGCUUCUCUGAAGAUGAUAAGCAAAGAAUAGGUAUGGCGCAGCAAGGUGCGGGUAAAGGUGUUGUACGAGGAGUUCUUGGUUUCCCUGGACGUCUAGUUGGAGGCAUACUGGGAGGAAGCUCAUCCGAAGCAUCCGCUCCUGUGCCCACUGAUAACCAGUCCUUCGCAGAUCUAUGGGUUGAUUUUCUUCUCAAAGAAACCGAAGAAAGAGAGAGAAGAGAGCUCAUGGAAGCCGCUGCUAAUUCCAAGGGCGACAGCGCAGAGGAAAAAAAUUCAAGCCUGGCAGGUAAGGCUGGUUCUGUUUUGGAUUAUAGAACAAAGAAUUCUGCCUCUAGUUCUUCAAGGAUUUCAUCAGUUAAUCGCCCGAGCAGCUUAAGUCCACUGCCCCCUCGAGGAAAUCUUCUGCAGCCUGAAAAUUCAGAUACCGAGUUUUCAACAGUUCCUUUAACCACACCGGUCUAUCAAUCCCCAGGGAACAGUUCUCGGAUCUCAGGUUUCUUUCAACAUACUGAGAAUGGUAUCUGAAUGAUAUAAUUAGUUGAGGUUGAUAGAAAACGACUGUGGUUCUGUUUGGUUUAGGAGCGCCCUGGGGGUUGAGCCGUUACAUCUUAAAGAUGAAACAAUUUCAUGAUAACAAUGUAAGCUGGUCGCCGAUUUUUCCUCGAUUAGUAAUGGAAGAAUGGCACAAGCAAACGAUAGAGAGGCGAUAUUAGAAAAGGAGUACUACUAUGGUUUGCCCCUCAUUUUGAUAAAAGAAAAAUUUUGGUCAAACUAACUACUCCCUUGGUCCCCUAUAUAAAGGCAGAGUUCUGGAUUUUGAUUAGCCCAUUAGAUGGCGGAAUUCCAAUUUUAAGAUGACUUUUUCUUUACAUAACACGUAUGUACUCUUAAUGUAUGGUAUCAACAUAAAUAAGUUAAUCUUUUUGCUUCUUGUCUUGGGAGUGAGACGAAGAGUAAAACAGGAAAAAUAAUGAAUAUUCAUGAAAUUUAAAAAAAUUUCUUAUUGUAGGAGAGUUUGUAACUUCCGCCUGCUUAUAUAUCCUGGAGAGAUUGGGGUAUACCCAGAUUAAUUGGGGUAUAUCUAAUGAGAC